GCCGUGCCCCUCUAUGAUGACAGUGGUGCUGCACCAUCCACUGGGCCUUUCGUGGCGGACCUGGCCUUCGACGACCAGGAUACCAGCUGGGAGUACGCAGCUGGACCGGUAACAUGGACCUUGGACCAGCUGACAGCAGACCAAGCCUCG